AUGGAGGGAACAUCCAGCUCGUCGGCCGGCGGCCACAACUACACCGUCGUGAUUAAUGCUCUUACUAGCCGAGGCUGGUGCUUCAGAGACGUCGAUUACUUGAAGACUCUGGUCACUGAAAUCUCCUCCUUGAUCGGCGGCGGUAAUAAAACAGGCGCGGUCGUGGAGUCAGUGGAGGCGGAGCUGCUUAACAUGGAUAUUAGGUUAAUCGGAGGUAAGUCCCUCCCCGACGCAACCGAGCUGCGCAGGUUUUCUCAUCUUCAAGGCCCCAAAGUUCUCCAGAUAAGCUCUGUGAGGGAUGUUACAAAAAGUAAUGCAGAGGAAUUUCUGGGAAGUUCGAGUGGUAAACGAGUGCUAAAAUUCUCUCUGACCGAUGGGAAGACAGAGAUAUCAGCGCUUGAGUACUCUCACAUACCAUCAAUUAACAAUGAUGUGACUCCUGGUACUAAGGUCCGUCUAGAAAAUAAGGCUGUGAUACGUGACGGUCUAGUUUGUUUGACUCCAAAAGAGGUGACUGUAUUGGGCGGUUAUGUGCAAUCACUCACAGAAGAAUGGCAGAUGAAGAAAAAGUACUCUAGUUUGGCUCGUUCAUCUCAGGAAAGCAAAGCUGGCGAUGGCCCUCCUCCUUUUGAGGAGUUGCAGAUUCGAACAGGUUCCCAUCACCGUGAUUCCUACAUGACGACUUCUAGGAAUAUUGUACCUACUGCUGCAGAAAGCGCCGUAAAACACGCCGGUGGAGAAAAAGGUGAAAGUAGUGAAGCUGAUAGGAACAUCAAAGGGAAAGAUAAGAAUUCUGCAGAUUCUGAUCCAAAAUUAUCUGUGAAAGUUGAAAGUCAGGAAAAGCCAAGCGGUUCCGAUACAAGACCGAAACAAGUGGUGGAAGCUGUUCCUUUACAGAACCAAGCAGCUGCGCAGGUACUUCUUGAGAAGAUGAAAAAUUCGAGCUCAAACGAACGGCAAUACCAAGGAAGAAGAGGUAGAGGUAGGGGUAGGGGUAGAGGAAGGGGAAGAGACGAAGACGACUCUACAGUCUUUACACUUGACGAGUGGGAAAAGAGGAAUACUGGUGGUGGAGGAGUUCUUGCAACAUCUGACCAUCGUAGCGACACUACCCGCGAUGAAGAUCUUGCGUGGCAGCUUCAGAAUCAGUUUGAUCUGGAAGACUCUUAUGGACAGGAGGUGCAGGGAACCGGGGCUGCAGAUAUCAGACUAAAUAUGUUUGAUUACGGAAGAGCAGAAGAAAACUUUGGCCGCGGAAGGGGCAGAGGAGGAAGAGGAAGAGGAGGAGGGCGAGGACAUAGGCGGGGAAGAGGACGUGGUUAG